AUGUCUCAACCUCCACCCAUUAUAACUACAAAACCAGCUGCCAGGCCAAAACCAAAAAUUUUCAAUUUGUUUCGUGUUUGCUUCAUUUCAUUAUUGCUGAUCGCUGCUGUAGAAUACUUCAAGUAUGGUACAAGAAUCAACUACGAGUGGUUCCAUUGUACCCCAAUAAAGGAACCUCAAUCUGGUUCCGUAAUCAAGCUUUGGGCACGUGGUGGGCCAAGUUGUGACAAAAGAGGCGAAUAUAAAACUAUCGUAAAGAGAAUCACAAGAGAUUACGAACCAAAUGAUGAACACCUAUCGUUCUGUAUUAUUGAGAACGAUAAUGUUGCACCCGUUCACUACCCCAUUCACGAAGACAAAGGUGAACCUGGCUACGUAGCUUACGUCGGUUACGACACAGACUCUGAACUGGUCCAAGAACUAUGUGCUGAUUCCACAGUUUAUCACAUGUGA